AGGAGGUGUUAUUUUAAUUGAAAUUAAUUUUAAAAGUCGAGAACUUUCUGUUUCUUAUCUCAGUCUUGAGCGAAAAGAGUUAACAUGAAAAAGUUCACGAUUUUAGUAUUUUUAGUGCUUCUAUGUUUAGUUGUACAUCGUACAGCAGGUAAGAAGGUGAAAGCACCUAGAGAUGGAAAAGAUGGCAAAGACGGUAAACACGGCAAAGAUUCUAAGAACUGCAACAAAGCCCAAGACGGAAAGGAUGGAAAAAAAGGUCAAAAGGGCAAAUGGGGAGGCAAUGGAGGUGAUGGUGGAGAUGGAGGUGACGGUGGUGACGGCGGUCCAUGUGGAAGUGGAGGAAACGGUGGUAAUGGCGCAGAUGGUGGAGCAGGAGACGGUAAUGGAAAUGGAGGCAAUGGAGGCAAUGGGGGCGAUGGUGGAAACGGUGGAAACGGUGGUGAUGGAGGUGAUGGUGGUGAUGGUGGUGAUGGUGGAUAUGAUGAAGAUGAUGAAGAUGAUGGUGAUUGGGGGUGGUGGUAG